AGUCCUGGGGGCAGGACGAACUUGGGAUCAGGAGCAUGGCUGCAAGGUAUUUGAGACUUGCUGGGCAGCUAUGAGAAGGGAAUUGGGUCAGGUGGCUCCACCAGGGCCCCUGCCCCUCACCUGAGUGCCAUGGAAUCCAUGUUUGAGGACGACAUCAGCAUCUUGACCCAGGAGGCGCUGGGGUCCGGCGAGGUGUGGCUGAAUGGGCCGGGGGGCCCUGUGCUGGGCAGUGACAUGUGCUCUGCCUCCCACUUCGCACUCAUCACAGCCUACGGGGACAUCAAGGAGCGGCUGGGGGGGCUGGAGCGGGAGAAUGCCACCCUACGGCGCCGACUCAAGGUGUAUGAGAUCAAGUACCCAGUGAUUGGCGACUUUGGAGAUGAACACAAUUUCUCCUUGUAUGAAAUUAAGGAGGGCUCCCUCCUGGAGGUGGAGAAGUCCAGUCUACAGCAGCAACUCAAUCAGUUCCAGCAUGAGCUCCAGAAGAGCAAGGAGCAGGAAGAACAACUUGGGGAGAUGAUACAAGCAUAUGAGAAGCUGUGCGUAGAGAAAAAUGACCUGGAAAACGAACUGGGGGAGAUGCGGGCUUUGGUGGAGACACACCUGAGGCAGAUCUGUGGGCUGCAGCAGCAGCUUCGUCAGCAGCAGGGAGGGGGGGACAGCACCUUUCCCAGCCUGAGCCCUCCGGCAGCUCCUGCUCCUGCUGACCCUGACCUUGACCUCCACUACCUGGCACUACGGGGAGGACCUGGCCUCAGCCAUGUGCUAGAGCCUUCCUUAGGCUGGCCCAGCCCACCCAGUAUUGGGGAACUGGAGAGGAGGCAGCUGGAAGAGGCUUUGGAAGCAGCUAGAGGGGAGGCGAGGGGGGCCCAGCUCCGGGAAGAGCAGCUCCAGGCUGAGUGUGAGCGGCUACAGGGAGAGCUGAAGCAGCUGCAGGACAGCAGGGCUCAGGAUUUGGCUUCCAACCAGUCAGAGCGGGAUAUGGCAUGGGUGAAGAGAGUCGGAGAUGACCAGGUUAACUUGGCUCUGGCCUACACAGAACUGACAGAGGAGCUGGGCCGACUGCGGGAGCUAAGUUCCCUUCAGGGGAGAAUUCUGAGGACAUUGCUGCAAGAACAAGUCCAGAGGAGCGGCCAAAGACAUUCCCCUCUUUCCCAGCGCCACUCCCCAUCUUCACAGUGCCCUUCGCCAUCCCCACCAGCCCGGGCUCCCCCGCCCGGGCCUCAGAGUCAGUCCCCGGUUCCCCAGCGUCGCUCCCCUGUACCCCCUGUUCCACCGUGCCAUUCACCCCAACAGCACCGCUCCCCUGCCUCACCAUCCUGUCCAUCACCUGCCCACCAGCGCCGCUCCCCUGUGCCCCUGCCACCCCCACCGCCAUGCCAGUCUCCUACCCCGCAGCGCCGCUCUCCUGUGCACCCCCCCUGCCCAGCUCAGCCUCGGCCCCCACCAGGGGAGAGGACUCUGGUGGAGCUGGCCUACGCCAAGCCACCCAGUCACCACGUGAAGGCUGGCUUCCAGGGGCGCCGCAGCUACUCAGAGAUGGCCGAUGGGGCGGGCUAUGCGGGAGCUGUCCCCUGGCUUCAGGCUGAGGCCUCAACGCUGCCCAAGCCUCGACCCUAUGGUGGGGAGCUCUACAGCCCCAGCAGGCCUCUCAGCCCCCGAAGCACCUUUGAAGGCAUCCGGCUUCGGUUUGAGAAGCAGUCUUCAGAAGAAGAAGAGUGGGCUGUGCCUAGCCCCCCCAGCCCAGAGUCAGGCACCAUCCGAUGUGCCUCUUUCUGUGCUGGCUUCCCCAUCCCUGAGACACCCACUGCUGCCUACACCCACGCGGAACAUGCCCAGUCCUGGCCAUCCAUUAAUUUGCUAAUGGAGACUGUGGGUUCAGACAUCCGAAGUUGCCCUCUCUGUCAGCUGGGAUUUCCCGUUGGGUACCCGGACGAUGCACUCAUCAAACACAUUGACUCGCACCUGGAGAACAGCAAGAUAUAGGGCACUCCCCCUUUCCUCCCCUUGACCAUUCAUUCUCUCCCACCUCUCCAGACCACCAUUCCCCUCUACUUUGAAUGCUGCAUGAUUCUCGCAGGGUCUGUCCUCCCUUUCCUCUGCUACUCCCAGACACCUCCACUAGCUACCCACGAGUCUCGCCAUGUGUGCUGUCUCCCUGCUGUUCUGCCAGUCACCAUUUAGCUCUGGCUCUCUCCAGGAGGAGGUGCCAAGAUCCACUCCCUGCCCCAUAUGCUUCCUCUCUGGCUCCUUCCGAGGGAAGUGGGGGACUGGGGUGGGAUGGGUCAGGGCUGUCCAUCCUCCUCUGAGUCUUUGUCCUCCUUCCUGUUCUCAAAUUGUGUUGGAUACAGUAAAGUCUCCAGUAUCGUUGGGCUAGUGGGGGGAAGGGCAGGGAAGGGGAUUUGUGGACUCCAGGAGGCCCCACCCCACCCUGGAGAUGUGUCUGUGAUGCGUUGUAGCUCUGCCACAUCCCACGCCAUCUUGGUCCUCCAUGCCCCCUCCCAUUCCAGGUCCUCAGCCCUGCCAGGCAUUGAUGCCAGAUGCCAACUCUUCCCUAUGCACUGAGUCUCCUGGAGUGGGGUUCCCAGGGGAGAAAAUGCUAGAUAUAGCCACCCCCCUCAUCCCUCUCUUCCAGACACAUUUGUCCAUCCAUCCAUCCAUCCCAGAGCUACCUCUCCCUACACCAUUCCUAGAACCCUCCACCCCCCCCACCCCCAACAGGGACUAGAUGAUUAACUUUAGAGACUGGAGUGAGGAUUCCCUGCCCUUCCUACCACACUUGCCUGCCUUCCUGGGCCUGAGCAGAGUAUGGAUCUGCCCUGACCUCCCCCUGGCCUCUUCCCCCUUUCCCAAAUUAAGUAUCCACCUGGGGUGUGUGUGUGUGUGUGUGUGUGUGUGUGUGUGUGUG